GUAGGGCCUUCUGAGAAAUGGCACCUCUGAGCUUUUAUAAGGAUGGCUCCAGGAUCAGUCUCUGAGCAGCCAGCACAGGUUUCUCUCCUGUCUUUUGGACCCAGCCUUGCGUUUGGAGUGAGCUGGGCCUUGAUCAACAGUUAGAGUGCCUGCCACAGCUGCAGGGGCAGCAUAGUCUCAGCAAUUUGCCUAGAGCACUGUGUAUGGAGAAGAAGGAUGUGUGAUGCUUAGGAGAUGAUGACUGACCAUUUGUGUGGAGGCUGACCCUGACUUUUAACCAGGCUGUAGGAGGCCUCUAUUUUUCACAGGCUGUGGCUGAUCAGAGUGUGGCUGGAGUGAGGUGGAUGUUCGGAAGCCAGGCCUAGCCCCUGUGAGGACCCCCAAGAAUGGCAGACAAGGUGGUCUCACGGCAGGUGGCCCGCCUAGGCCGCACUGUUCGGCUACAGUGCCCGGUGGAGGGGGACCCACCACCAUUGACCAUGUGGACCAAAGAUGGCCGCACAAUCCACAGUGGCUGGAGUCGCUUCCGCGUGCUGCCCCAGGGGCUGAAGGUGAAGGAGGUGGAGGCCGAGGAUGCCGGUGUUUAUGUGUGCAAGGCCACCAACGGCUUUGGCAGCCUCAGCGUCAACUACACUCUCAUCAUUAUGGAUGAUGUCAAUCCAGGGAAGGAGAGCCCUGGGCCAGGUGGCUCUUCUGGGGGCCAGGAGGACCCAGCCAGCCAGCAGUGGGCACGGCCUCGCUUCACGCAGCCCUCCAAGAUGAGGCGCCGAGUGAUCGCACGGCCUGUAGGUAGCUCUGUGCGGCUCAAGUGUGUGGCCAGUGGGCACCCACGGCCAGACAUCAUGUGGAUGAAGGAUGACCAGACCUUGGCACGGCCAGAGGCCAGUGAGCAUAGGAAGAAGAAGUGGACGCUGAGCUUGAAGAACCUGAGGCCUGAAGACAGUGGCAAGUACACAUGUCGCGUCUCCAACCGGGCCGGUGCCAUCAAUGCCACCUACAAAGUGGAUGUAAUCCAGAGGACCCGCUCCAAGCCUGUGCUCACAGGGACACACCCUGUGAAUACAACAGUGGACUUUGGUGGGACAACGUCCUUCCAGUGCAAGGUUCGCAGUGAUGUGAAGCCUGUGAUCCAGUGGCUAAAGCGGGUGGAGUAUGGCUCUGAGGGUCGCCACAACUCCACUAUUGAUGUGGGUGGCCAGAAGUUUGUGGUAUUGCCCACGGGUGAUGUGUGGUCACGGCCUGAUGGCUCCUACCUCAACAAGCUGCUCAUCUCUCGGGCCCGCCAGGAUGACGCUGGCAUGUAUAUCUGCCUGGGUGCAAACACCAUGGGCUACAGUUUUCGUAGUGCCUUCCUCACUGUAUUACCAGACCCCAAACCUCCAGGGCCUCCUGUGGCUCCUUCAUCCUCAACCACAAGCCUGCCGUGGCCUGUGGUGAUCGGUAUCCCGGCUGGUGCUGUCUUCAUCCUUGGCACUGUGCUGCUCUGGCUUUGCCAGGCCAAGAAGAAGCCAUGUGCCCCUGCACCUACGCUCCCUGUGCCUGGGCAUCGUCCCCCAGGGGCAUCCCGAGACCGCAGUGGGGACAAAGACCUGUCCUCAUUAGCUGUGGGCCUGUGUGAGGAGCAUGGAGCCACCAUGCCCCCCCAGCACAUCCUGGCCUCUGGCUCAGCUGCUGGCCCCAAGCUGUACCCCAAGCUGUACACAGAUGUGCACACACACACGCACACACACACAUGCACACACACUCUCUCAUGCGGAGGGCAAGGUUCACCAGCACCAGCAUGUCCACUAUCAGUGCUAAAUGCAGCAAAUCUCCAAGCACUGUGCCCUGAAGUAGGCAUAUGGGGGCCAAGACAACAGGUUGGGAGGAUUGAAAGCAAUGGAGGAAGAAUAUCCUAGGGCCCUGUGGUAGGCGCUCACAUAUUUGGCCAUAUAGAUGUAUGUACUGCCAGAUGAACACACACCCAGCCAAACCCACAAACAAACAUUUACAAAUGCGAAUGUGUGCUCAUGUGCACGCACAACCUGAGAAGCCUUCAGGAGGAUUUGUUGUGUGCCUUUGCAGUGACAUGUAGUGAUGGCUAGUUGAAGGAAUCUCCCUCAUGUCUUAGUGGUCAUGGCUACUCCCCCACCUCUGACCACCUGUGUCCCUGCCUGGCCUUGGUGGCUACUUUUGCCUCUGUGUAUGCUGGGUGUCCAGGAGUCUACUAGCAACCUAGGUGGGGUGAGCAGUGUGACCAUGCCUGGAGGUUUGAGCCACCCUCCCUUUGCUAGAGAGAAGGGCCUCGAUAUUUAUAUUUAAGAAGUAAAAUAAUAUUAAUAAUGAUGUAAGGAUGGCUGGGACACAGGAACUCUGGCCUGCCCUGGGGCCUGGGACCUGCCUGACCUUGUGGUUACAUUGGGUAUCCUCACUGUCCAUGGCUGCCUGGCCUCUGUAAUUUUAUAUAGAGUUUGGGCUGAAGCCUCGUAUAUUUAAUUUAUUUUGUUAAACAAGAAAGUGCCUCUUUUUUUUCA